AUGCCUCGGCAUCUGUUUUCCGCUGCGGCGCUGCUGCUCCUUCUUUGCGUGCUGUUGAUGUGCUGCGGCAACAGUGUCGCGUCUGCCAGUAACCAAGGGGAUGCCGUUGAUCCGUUUGCGGGGACGACGGAGAUCCCUGGUGCUGCGUGGGAGGGCGUUGGGGUCGCUGCUCAAUCGGUCAUUUCCCUCCGCGUCCCCAGCCUUGUUGCGGUGGGGGACGAUGUUUUUGCCGUUGCCGAGGCUCACUGCACGAAGCUAAACGGCGAGGCAGGCCCCUUUACUGGAAUUGCGUCGAAGCACCUCAAGAAAUCCGCGGAGGGUGCAAUGGAGAUCUCGGCGGCAGACACAA